CCGGGCCCUGGGCGGCCGGGCGCAGACUGCUCUGGCAGCCGGAGCGGAGGCGGCGCGGCGGUGGCGCUGCAGCGACCGAGUCCAGACGCCAGGCGGCCGCCGGCGCGCACGGCGCUUUCCAGCUCCCUCCCCCAAGUGCACAACCCGCCUCCUUCCGCGGCGCCUGCAGCCGCGGGCUGGCUCUCCGCUCCAGAGCGCACUCCGGGAGCCGCUCCGCGGGUGGCAGUCGCAGAGGCCGCCGCCUGGGGAUCGUGAGGCCGCGGCGAUCCGCCCGCGGUAACCCGCUCGCGAGCCAGAGUCCCAUGCGCGCUCCUUUCGCCCGAGCAGUCGCAGUUGCUCCCCGGGGCUGAGACGUCCUCUUCGUCGCCUCCCCGCCCGGUGAUCGAGGCGAGAACCCAGCCGGUUGUGCGCUGUGGCCGGUCGCCACUGCUGAGUGGAAGCAAAAUGUCUGUCAGUGUGCAUGAGAACCGCAAGUCCAGGGCCAGCAGUGGCUCCAUUAACAUCUAUCUGUUCCACAAGUCCUCCUACGCCGACAGCGUCCUCACUCACCUGAACCUUUUACGCCAGCAGCGCCUCUUCACCGACGUCCUGCUCCAUGCCGGAAAUAGGACCUUCCCUUGUCAUCGGGCAGUGCUGGCCGCGUGCAGCCGCUACUUUGAAGCCAUGUUCAGUGGCGGCCUGAAAGAGAGCCAGGACAGCGAAGUCAACUUCGACAACUCCAUCCACCCAGAAGUCUUGGAGCUGCUUCUUGACUAUGCGUACUCCUCCCGGGUCAUCAUCAAUGAAGAAAAUGCAGAAUCUCUCCUGGAGGCCGGCGACAUGCUGGAGUUUCAAGACAUCCGGGAUGCAUGCGCAGAGUUCCUGGAGAAGAACCUGCACCCCACCAACUGCCUGGGGAUGCUGCUCCUCUCCGAUGCGCACCAGUGCACCAAGCUGUACGAACUCUCCUGGAGGAUGUGUCUCAGCAACUUCCAAACCAUCAGGAAGAACGAAGAUUUCCUCCAGCUGCCCCAGGACAUGGUAGUGCAGCUCUUAUCCAGCGAAGAGCUGGAGACAGAAGAUGAAAGGCUCGUGUACGAGUCUGCAAUUAACUGGAUCAGCUACGACCUGAAGAAGCGCUACUGCUACCUCCCAGAGCUGCUGCAGACUGUGAGACUGGCUCUCCUGCCGGCCAUCUAUCUCAUGGAGAAUGUGGCCAUGGAGGAACUCAUCACCAAGCAGAGAAAGAGCAAGGAGAUUGUAGAAGAGGCCAUCAGAUGCAAACUGAAGAUCCUGCAGAACGACGGUGUGGUAACCAGCCUCUGUGCCCGGCCCCGGAAAACCGGCCAUGCCCUCUUCCUCCUGGGAGGACAGACUUUCAUGUGUGACAAGCUGUAUCUGGUUGACCAGAAGGCCAAAGAAAUCAUUCCCAAGGCCGACAUCCCCAGCCCAAGAAAAGAGUUCAGCGCGUGUGCGAUUGGCUGCAAGGUGUACAUUACUGGGGGACGAGGGUCUGAAAAUGGGGUCUCAAAAGAUGUCUGGGUUUAUGAUACCCUGCACGAAGAGUGGUCCAAGGCUGCCCCCAUGCUGGUGGCCAGAUUUGGCCAUGGCUCUGCUGAACUGAAGCAUUGCCUGUACGUGGUCGGGGGGCACACUGCCGCCACUGGCUGCCUCCCGGCCUCUCCCUCAGUCUCUCUGAAGCAGGUGGAACACUAUGACCCCACAACCAACAAAUGGACCAUGGUGGCCCCCCUCCGGGAAGGGGUAAGCAAUGCCGCAGUGGUGAGUGCCAAACUCAAGCUGUUUGCGUUCGGAGGUACCAGUGUCAGUCAUGACAAGCUCCCCAAGGUUCAGUGUUACGAUCAAUGUGAAAACAGGUGGACCGUCCCGGCCACCUGUCCCCAGCCCUGGCGUUACACGGCAGCAGCUGUGCUGGGGAACCAGAUUUUUAUCAUGGGGGGAGAUACCGAGUUCUCUGCCUGCUCUGCUUAUAAAUUCAACAGUGAGACUUACCAGUGGACCAAGGUGGGAGACGUGACCGCAAAGCGCAUGAGCUGCCACGCGGUGGCCUCCGGCAACAAACUCUACGUGGUUGGAGGCUACUUUGGCAUUCAGCGAUGCAAAACGCUGGACUGCUACGAUCCCACGUUAGAUGUGUGGAACAGCAUCACCACGGUCCCGUACUCGCUGAUCCCUACUGCGUUUGUCAGCACCUGGAAACACCUGCCUUCUUAAAUGCAGCGCAUCCAAAAGAGGGCGAGGGUCAGCUGACUCCAUUCCUCAGUGAGACCAGGUGAGACUUCAACUCUGGAGAGGCCAAAUGUAAUGAAGAGAAACAAAAGAAAAAGAAAACGAAGUUGCUUCUCGAGUACCAUCCGCGGCACCUUGUAAAUGCUCUAACUGGACAUGAAGGAUGGGGGUGGGAGACGGGGAGGGGGGUAGGGGUUUUCUGUGCAAGUAGCACAGGGUUUAAAUAUGAAUGAACGAACCUGUGAUCUAGUCCUUGUCUGUAAUUGUGGAUUAAUGUCAGCGUUAAUCAGCCCCUCCAAAGGAGAGAAAAGCCCGACCUUUUCCCUCGCUGUAGCAUAUUCAGCAUCUGAUGUCCAUGGGCUCCGCCAUUUAUGUGUUAAAAUUUGAAAUGGUUGUCACUGCUCUUUAAGGAGCAAGGCUCCAAGCCUCCACACCAGCUGCUGUUGGAGAUCGAAAGCCCAGCUGUGGGGCCAGGAGGGGACCUGGCUGGGCUGCUGCAGAGUGAGGACCCCUGGACUCGCUGCUAAUCUCUGAGGGGCCCCAGGACUGUUCGUGAACAAUGGGGACAUUGUUGGUAGCUGUUCGGUAGAUGUUCUUUGCUAUUUAUGAGUGACUUUCAACUUUCCCUUGGCUGAUAAGAAAUUUGUUCUAGGUUUAGCUAUUUAUUGUUCGAGGCCUGCAUGCUGAAACAGUGCUUUACAGUCGUCCUUGUGUGUUUGGACCCGUGUGAACGGUGGUACGUUUUGCACAAUUUUGUGGCUGUUGUGAUGUGCUUGGCUGCACAAAAGUGAAAACUUUGGAGUUACAAUUAGGAGUAUAACUGGAGGGCGGGUGGGGCAGGGCGGUGGGUUGGGGGGAGGGAUUUUGUAAAUGUCAAAGCAGGGAAGGAUUACAAGAUGGAAACUUAAGUUACAUCCUAGAGUUAAAGAAAGCAUGAAGGUCAUUUUUCUUAGACUAACCAACUUUUAAUGAGGUUUCGUGGGCUCUGGUCAUGCCGAUGGCUCGUGGGGCAAGGAAAGGGUGCUUUCUGCCCUCUCCCUUCUGUCUGAUUCUCUUACUUCAAUCUCAGCUACUGAAAUUUGGAAAGGACCAAAUCAUUUUGCAGCUUUUUUUUUCUUUGUGUAAUAUCCUGAAAUCCUGGAAAAUUCUAUGGGAUCGGUCUGUAUAUAGGGCACAGGUAAAGGCAUUGUUCAAAGUUUAUUUAUUUAUCUAUUUAUUUACCCGAUGAGAAUGCUUUGCCGUAACCACAGUUAACCCUCACAGAUGGAAAUUAAUUCACUCACCAGAUUUGCUUGACCUGGAUUCGUUGUUCUCUAUUCCUGCUGUACGAUUAAGCAAGUGCUAAAAGCUCUCCAAGGCAAUAUUCCCAUGGGUAUAAUGUAUACUUUAGUGCUUCCCCUUUAGGUAAGUCUAAAGGAAGUCUUUGGUGCACAAAAGUGACACGUAUGGCCCCUAAACACCAAAGAAUUGUAAGCAGUGGCCCCUGCUGAGAGGCUUUCCGGGAGAGUUGUGAAUACAUUCUUUGCUCCUUCGAGUGCUUGUUUACUAAACAUGUGCUGUGAUAGGCAUUAGUGGUAGAAUCAAAUAGGUGCUUCCUCUAAGGUGUCUGGGGAAGCCCAGAAUUUGCAACUCGCGCUGCUUUUGUUGCUGUUUCUCACAUUACUGUAUUUUAGAAAAUAGAGUUUAAGACCAGUAACCUUUUGCAUCGUGUGUUUGCAGUGUCUAAUGACAGAUAGAUCCUUCACAUUUCUCUCCACCUGAAUACUUUCAACUAAUUGUAAGCGUUCGUCUGUGCCAUGCAUAAAUGGGCUAUAGUUGGACCAAAAUAAAUGAGCCAUUGGAAUCAAAAAAUCACCAUACUUUCCAGCAGUCAGUCCCUUGCUCCUAGAUGUGUUCUAAGCAAUGCAAAUGCCUGAUUGUACCCUGGUGGCAUAGUCGGUGUCGCCGUAUUGGAGCAGUUACAGCUUUGUGUAGUUUAUGAUGCAAAUCUGCCAGGAUGGGGGUGUCACUGGGUGACUUCUGAAAGCAGGGUGAAUUUUCUGCAGCUGUUUCAAAGUUGUGGUCUUUCCUUGAAUCCUCUAUUAAUUGCUGUGUGUGAGCCAGAGAGAGCUGUGGUCAGGGUGGGCCCCCAGCCUGCAGGGAACUUUCUGGACUCCCACUCUUUGAAUUGAUGUAGGCAUUUGGGCUCACUACUUGACCAUUCUCACCCUGUGAAACGUCCCACACUUUGAAGCAAAUACAAUUCACAGCACAGUGCACACAAAAGACCUUGGCAUAAGACAGAGAAGGUUCUUCUUAUUCUGUAGCCUGGUUGCCUUGGAAACGGACAACAAAGGGCAGCCUUCCACUUCUGGUAUAAUUGUGUAGCCCCCUUUUCUCUGGGCUUGACACCUGUCUGAAUGAGAAUGAUUAGAGCUGAAUAACAUCCUUCUCUUGGCUAUUGAAUAUGUGGUUCACGUACAAACCUCUGUGUAAGUUGAAGAAGUGAAGUGUUCGUGUUCAUAUGUACUUGUUUGCUACUAUGUUUCUGAGGUUUUGUAAAACUGUUAUUUUUUUUUUCACAAUGUGAAACUGAAGGUCAAAUAAAUUAUUAGAGAUUUUCUCUUCA